UAAACCGACCAAGCAUCAUUCAUUCAUCGAAUGAGUGAGUGAAUUCCGGCAUGGUAUGGCAUGGCAUUGUCCACUCAUCGUCCAUGCAUCCAUCCAUCCAGAUCCAUCCAUCCACCCACGGUCUCAUUGUCUUGACAAACAUCAGUCAAUCAAUCAGCCAGCCAGUGUACAGGCACCACCUGACGUGCAGCGUCGAUUGCCUCUGUCUGUUGGAGGCAUAUGCACACGCACACACACCAAGGGAAUCAUUCUGGUGCGUGCGACAUGGUGACACCCCUCCCCUCCCUCCCUCCCCAUCCUCCCUGCCUGUACAGAAACUAAGCGACCACGCACCUUGGGCAGACAGACAGACAGACAGCGAGCAAUUUCCCUCACCCACCACCGCCGCCGCCGUGCCGUUUAUACAGUAAACACAGCCGUACGCCUUGCCGACGGUUUCUUUCCCUCCUGACUCAGACAACUGUCUUUCUCAUUUGUGGAGUUAUCUCCACCGUCACCACUCUGCCCACCACAUCAUUAUCACCAAUCUCACCACCUGCUAAUGUCCUCAUGUCAGCGUCGGCCGCCACGACCGACGGCCACAGCAGCCGCCUCCCAUAGGUGACGAUGGACACCACCAGACGGCUGAACACCGACAGAGGGGUCGCCCACAAGGCACUAAAGGGCGGAGAGGGGGCGGACACGGAAUCCUCCUCUGAGGCUUCUGAGUCUUCUUCCGCCUCUCUCUGUUGCCGUUGCCGACAUUCCCUCUCCCUGUCGCCUGUGUGGGUGGCCAGCCUAAUCUCCAGCCUGUUCUUGUCCUCGGCCCUUUCGACCGUGACGCUCUCGGGCGGUGUGACCCUCACAGUGUAGCCAUGUGGGUAGUGGACGCCCUCAUUGAGGUACACGACGGUGGGGGCGUGGAUGCAGGGGUCGGGCUCGUAGGUGAGCACGAACAGGCCGGUGGCGGGGUCGAAGGAGGUGCGGUGGAGGGCACCCGCUAUGGCCAUCGGGUAGGUCCGCGACAGCACACGGACCUUCUCGUACUUGAGUUCCCCCGUGUCGACGUCCCAGAAACCUGCACAACAACACAAUACAACACACGGACGGACCUUCCUGUGAUGUUGGUUUCUGCCACAGGCACCCCCCCCCCCCUUCACACAGACGUACCUUGGAGGCGGUCUCCGUGGUUUUUGUCGUUGCCGAUAGGGAAGGUCUUGAAUGCCCACCAGGUCCACGACUGAUGGUGCACGUCAGCCAUGUCAAGCAGCGCCUUGAUGGGCUCCAGCUGCUCGGGCACCCCGUCCACCUCACCAAACUCAGUCAUGAAACCACCGUAGGCCGCGCCGCCCGUUUUCUUCUUCUUUCCUUUCCUGUUGGUGGCGCCGUCCAGGCGCCUCAGGUCCCAGAGCGCCAUCCGGAACAGCACUGUCAGGGCAAGCCGACAUAGGAAACGCUGAGACCUGCAGACAGACAAUGGACGGAUGGAUGGAUGGAUGCAUUGGCCAGGCACAAUGGAGAUGUGUCGCUUUGUGCGUGUGUGUGUGCGCACCAGCUGAUGGGUUUGCCGGCUUCGAAGGGCGAGCAGUAGAUGUGGUAGCUGAAGACGCCGCCGGGGUCGUCCGCCCCUAGGUUGAGGGGGUCGCCUCGCAGGCCGCUCUUGAAGAUGCUCGUGAAGGCCUUCUCGAAGAAGAUGAUGUGGUUCCUGUCCACCUCACGGAUGCUGCGCGUCAGACGCUGGUAGAACGGACGCAGAUUGGCGUAGUCUGAGUGACCCUGCAGGCAGAGCAGACAGACACCACAAGGCUCGUCACGUGCCAUUCCAUGGAAUCUGCGUGUGGCUUGGUGAGUGCCUCACUCACGGACCUGCACGAGCAGCAGUGUCAGGUUGUUGUAGAAGUCGCCUGUCCACGGCUCGUUCAUGAGCUCAUACCCCAACACAUGAGGGUUUUCCCGGAACCUGCUGGCCGCGUACCGCCAGACAUUCGAGAGGGCCGUCUGCGCCCCCGCCACGUCGUCGUAGAGGGCCUGGAAGCUCUUGCUGACGCGCUGGCUGAGGUAGUACUCGACGAAGAACGAGUUGUCGCAGUCGCUGGUGGACGGAGUGCCCUUGUCUGUGUUAUUGAACGGCGGGAGGAUGGGAGCGGGGAAGUCGUCCAUGUUGGUGUAGACGCCGUGGCGGUCGAACUCCUCCACCCAGAAGGACGGAAUGCCCUCGCCGCAGAAGGGCUCGCUGAACAAGUCCUGGUGCAGAUCGAGGAUCGUGUAGAUGCCUGCAACCAAUCAACCAAACAACCAAUGCAUUGACAGACAACACGUGGGAUGCUUGGGGUGGUGGGGCGGUUUGCGUCACUCGUGGGAAUGCUUGUAGGCUGGCUGGCUGACUGACCUCUGCUCGACAGCCUGUCCACGAUGCCCUCAAUGACCCCAAAGUAUGUAUGGUUGAAGCGCCGCCCGUGCGGCUCCAUGCCAGGCCACAUAAGGCCGAGGCGCACCACGUUGAACCCCCACUCCCUCAGGUGGUCUAUGUCCACGUCAGACAGGGACCGCCACGGAUCAAAAGGGGCGUCAGGGGCGGAUGGCGGGUGGAAGGGCGGCGACUUGAUGACCACGUUAACGCCGUGGAAGAGCCGCUGGCGGCCGUCCCGGUCCAUAAAGUGGCGGCUGGACGGAUCCACGUGAAUGAAGCCAUCACCCAAACCGACAAGAAGCAGCGUCGGGAGGAGAAGCCGCUGUAGGGGAGGGAUAAAGGCGGUAGUAGUGGAAGGCUGCUGAUGCCGCCGCUGUGGCCGUGGCGCAGUGCGUGGCCUGAGGGGCUCAGCUCCAUCGGAUGAGCCAUAUACUGGAUGGCUCGGCUCAGAACGAUAAUGACAUCUUCGCGCAGAGGAUUGUUGGCUUUGUCGCGGCUCCAUCUUCUGAAGAGGCGAGCGAUGGCUGAGA